GUUCCAAGGCUCACUCUAGAAUUGAACUUACCUAAGUCUGCAGUUAGCUCCAUUAAAAUGCUGAAAAAAGGAAGCUCCUUGGACGACUCCGUUUUUUUUUCUGAAAGUCACAACAGCUUCCGAAAAUCGAGUAAUGACACACCAGCCAGUCCUACAGAGAGUGUCGGAUCAGUGUUUAUAAGUUCAGAUGGAGAAAAUGGAACUGAUGAGAAAAGAAGGGCUGGAAAAUCACCCACUGUGUCGCUGCAGACCUCUACCAGUGAAAUGGAGUAUUUUGAUGACCGGAAAAAAGUUGAUGUUGCCAGGGCCAAGAGCAGCACAGAUAGUCCAGUCCUGACAAUCAAGAGUGACUCCAAGAUUGAAAGGAAAAAACGUGCUUCAAAUCAGCUGAAGGCAAAUGCACAUUUUCAUAAGCUGUUUCUAGACGUUCCCAUUGAUGAGCCACUGAAACAAAGCUUUACCUGUGCUCUGCAGAAAGAAAUUCUGUACCAAGGAAAGUUAUUCAUUUCUGAAAACUGGAUUUGCUUCCAUUCCAAGGUUUUUGGUAAAGAUACUAAGAUUAGUAUACCUGUGCUGUCAGUGACACUUCUGAAGAAAACCAAAACUGCCCUUCUUGUGCCAAAUGCUCUGAUCAUAGCAACAAUGACGGAUAGGUACAUGUUUGUCUCGCUGCUCUCCAGAGAUACCACCUACAAGCUAUUAAAAUCUAUCUGUAGACAUCUUGACGAUACAAGCAUGGGCAACAGUCCAAAUCCCUCUUCUGCAGAAAACAGCUUCAGGGCUGAUCGCCCUAGAACUCUGCCCCUGGAUUUCACUGAAGAUUAUUCUGAUCUGGAUGGAAUAGUGCAACAGCGAAGACAAGAGAUGGAAGAGUCCAGCAGCACAGGCUCACAGACACCAGAGCUGGAAUGCUUUCAAGAUUAUCACGUUGUUGAAACAGAGACUCACCUGAAAGUUUCCAAGCCUGAGGCCAAGUCUGUUCGUUCAGAUGCACAUAGUAAACAUGGGCCUGAUGGAAAAGCCCGAAACAGUUCUCGAAAUGGCCACUCUGAAGCCUUCAGGUUCCUCCACAAAGUGAAGUCCCAGAAGCUCUUAUCUCUGAACCAUGUACUUGUAUUUUAUGCAAUUCUCGUUUGUGUUUUAAUACUUUCCACCUUCUACAUGAGAUAUAAAAUUAACAUCCUGGAAGAACGCCUUAUGUCCAUGACAGCUUUUGAUUCACAUAUUAAGGAACAUCAAGUGCACCAAGAUUUGGGAUCUCACCUGCAAAUUAAUGCUGAUGCCUUUUGUGAUGAGUUAACUGCUAAUCUUAGAAAAUUGGAAAAGAUACAGAACAACUUACAAAAGCUACUUGAAGAUGGUGAAUGAAACAUCAAUGUUCUUGGACUGCUUCAGACCUCGUUCUUCUGUCUUGAUAAACUGUUCCAAAGGAGCUCUGCUGGCCAGAGUUCAAGCUUCUUUAUUUUCAGUCCAAGCCAAGCUUAAACUACUGUAAAGCUCAUGUCAUCAUGCAAAAAAGUCAGUUGAUUCUUCAGCAUGUAUCUAUAUAUUUUGAAAACAUAGAUGUAGAUCAAACCAUAUGUCUAUGUUCUAAAAAUGAGGGGAUUUUUCUUUAUUGUGUGUGAAUUAAUGGAUUUUAUAGCUUGCUUGAUUUUAGAGUUGCUUACACCAGUGAAAACCUGGUGCAUAUUCUUUUACCUCAACCUUUACUUUGUGCUUAUUGUCAUACAAAUACAAAUGUGAAGAAUGUCAGUCAUCAUUCAUGUACUGAAGUGUUGUGUGAAUGAGCACAUAUCUGUUUUAGCUAUGAUUAUGGAUUGGUGCUGUGCUCUUCAUUUUUACUUGCUUCUCUGCACCCUGACAUCCCAAAGAUCAGGAAACAGACACCUCUGUGUUUGGGGAUGCAAAGUUGUGAAUGUUUGAGGUCUGCUCAGUUCUCCAGCGCUGUAAAAAGGCUCAAUUCCACUUUCUGUGACAGUGUAUCACCACUAAGGGUAAGGUCUGUUUCUACUGGCAUUCAGGUUCCAUUGAAGUCAAGCCUGUAAUCUGUAUGGACUUGCCAAUUUACAGUCAAGUUGCUUAUGAAUAGCAAUAUGGGUGUGACACACCUGCACAGCUUAGAAAAACUGCUUGUUUUCUGUCCACUCAUAUGGUCUCUGUCCUUUAAGUUAAUCAGUAUGAAGAUCCUCAGCCAGCUUUCCUUGGAGUUGCAUGGGGUUGUGGUUGGCUGAGCAAGUGCAAUUUGUAGUCCAGUAAAUGGAAAUCUAGUCUUGGUAUGUGACUCCAGGGACUGGAUAUUUCCACAUAAUGAGAACUGGCAAAUUAAUGGUGCAGCAAUACAAACAAUCAGUAGAAUGAAUGAAAAAGUGGACACCUGCUUUGUAUUAUCAUAUACUAUUUUUUUCCCGGAGUGCCUAAGAUGGGGAUUUUUAGCUUUCUGAUUCACCAAGCAGGCUCAUUAGUUUUUAAAAAGCAAUAUUUAGGAUAAUAACUACUAUCUGUGAAGUAACAGUAUUGUUUAUAAUAUGCUAUGCAUUUUAUAACCAUUUCUGUGAAAUGUACCGACGUUGUUUAAAUAAACUUUUUUAAAACAAG